AUGCGCGAAAAACAUGCACGACGAACUGCGUCUGCAGUUAGCAGCCCGGUCAAUGCGCACCCUAAUGGGUUGACCUCUCAGUCGUCGACUACGGUGGAUGCAUUUCCAGGUGUCUCUCAGGGGCAGAACUUUACUCGGUCUCAAGUAGCUGGCGCGAGAAGCGUCUCUCAUCCACCAGAAUACCCUCGUGGUGGCGAGGAAGAGCAGACGGGUGUUGAAAUCGCAACCAAAGUUCUGGGAAGUAACAACAAGAAUGGCCAAGCGCCAUUCUAUACCGGUGACUCUCCUGGGUUUGGUGGUGUCUUCGAUAUAUGUUCAUCUCCCCGGCAGCCCAUACAUAGGCAUAUUCUACUCACUUCUAAAACAUCGACCAAUCUAUCACCUGAAGAUAAACAAUACCUACAAUACAAGGGUGUCUUCAAUCUGCCUCGGAAAGAAACUUACAAUGAGAUUUUACAGGCAUAUUUUCAUCAUGUGCAUCCUCUUACGCCAGUGAUAGAUGUCACCACGCUUCCACAUCUAUAUCCAUCUGGAGAUAACCAGCAACAUAACCUACUAUUGUUGUGGAGCAUCUGCCUUGUUGCGGCAAAUUAUAUUUCGGCCGACACGUGGCGACUAGAGGGCUUUUUAUCCCGGAAACAUAUGAAGGACACUAUGUAUUCACGUGCAAAAUGCUUGCACUAUAUUGGGGGCGAAACAGAUCACACGGUUCUCCUGCAAUCAGCGCUACUCUUGACGUUCUACCACUCUGAAGCCGAUACCCACACGGAACCAUGGUAUUGGCUUGGCGUAGCAAUCAGCCUUUGUCAGUCAAUAGGGCUGCAUCGUUGCUCUAGUGCGGUCUGCGCUACUUCGCCUAUCCCCGAGCAGCAACAGCGUCUUUGGCGUCGUCUUUGGUGGACUUGUGUCUUCCGAGACCGUUGGCUCAGCCUUGUAAUGGGGCGUCCAUUGAGAAUCAAUAUGAAUGACUGUAACACCAUCAUGCCAUCAGCAGAUGAUAUGCUCAGUGAUUUUGUCGAAUUACCGGAGUCUGCAGCAUACGCCCCGAGAGACUUGCCGCAGCUGGCUGAUUAUUGGGUCACAAUGAUUCAACUCACUCAACUUUUGGGAGAGGUUCUGACUCUGAGCUAUCAGCCGUUUGGUCCCAGUGCAUCCUUUCAACAAGUUGAGGAUCUUGAGCGACAGAUUCUGCUUUUUCGGCUCCCAGGGAACCAAGAAACAGCAUCAAGUUCACACGCAACCUUUUACUUGUACCAUCUUGAGCUUCAUUACCAAGCAUUCCUCGUUACUUUUUAUCGCCCGUUCAUUACAAAGACACCCGAGGGGCUGCCUAUACCUCGCCAGAGCUCCUGGCAAGCCCACGUCCGAAACUCAAUUGAUACUGCUGCACUGCAGACAAAUACUGUGCUCGACAGUUUAGUGCGUGAAAAGUUGCUAGAUUUCGCCGGACCUAUGACACCACCACUGUUGGUUCCAGCCAUGCACGUCCACCUUUUAAACUGCAAAUCGCCGGAUCCUCUUUCUCGGCGUCUAGGUCUCAACAAAUUGGAAUUGUGCAUGAUGGUUCUGGAGCAGAUGCAACACACUCAUCCAUCCUCUUCAUUGUUCCGAGGUAUCUUUUUAGCAGCUGUUCAUCACAUUUUCCCAAGCUAUGUAGCCCAAUCUACCAUACCAGAGCUGGCUACAUCUGAAUCUUCCCAGCCGCAGAAUGUUUCGGUUGAAGACCCUAUGGCUGGUAUUACUAUCGAUGAAGAUGCCAUUGAUGCGUUGAUGGAUGAAGUUUCAAUUUUCAAUUUUUGGGAGUCAUUUAACAGCAUGCAAACAUGA